CCUUAACCUGCCACUUGAUCACUUGCUUGCCGCUGCAGUUACAACAGAUCCGGCUGUCGCUGCUGCUACUAUAUAUUAUCUCCUUCUCUUUCACCACCGCUCGCUCGCUGCUACUCUUCAGAUCUGCUGCUCCGUUUCAUAUCCGUUUCUACUCAUCACCAGAAUCAUGACAACAUCAAUUCCCAAGUUUGCUCACUUACAAAUCCCACUUGAAGACGUAGUAAACGCCACCAACAACUUUGCUGAUGAUAACAUCAUCGGACGCGGUGGAUUGGGACAUGUAUACAAAGGACAACUCCAGCGGUCCGGGGAGUUGAUCACCAUUUCUGCGCUGAGGUUAGAUCGUAAGCACGGUGGAGGAGUCGUCGAGUUCUGGACCGAAGUUUCAAUGCUUUCAGAUCUCAAGCAUCCAAAUAUAGUCUCUAUUGUCGGAUUUUGUGAUGAACAACAUGAGAAGAUCAUUGUGACCACUUAUGAGGCCAAAAAUGGAAGUCUCAAGGAGCAUCUAAGCAACCCGAACCUCACAUGGACGCAAAGAUUGAAGAUAUGUGUAGGCGUGGCUCGUGCGUUGAGUUACCUCCAUUAUGACGAGGGGCGUGGCUAUGGUGUUAUACAUCUUAACAUCAACAGUUCGACAAUUUUAUUAGACAAGAACUGGGAACCCAAGUUAUCCGGUUUUAAAGUUUCUAUCAAACAAUCACUUAACCGAAUGGACCAGGUCGUCCUUUCUGAACCUAUUGGCACAAUAGGGUAUUUGGACCCAGAAAUUGAAAAGUCCAAAGGGGUGACCUGCAAGUCGGAUAUCUACGCAUUCGGUGUUGUUUUAUUCGAGAUAUUGUGUGGGAGGAGAGCAUAUAUUAGGAACGAUGCUAAUAGGUUACUAGCUCCAUUGGUCAUGCAACAUUAUGAAAACGACACGUUGCCAGAUAUAAUCCAUCCCGAUCUAAAGAAUCAAAUGUCCGGAUACCAAAUAUCCGUAAGAUCACUCAGAACAUACUCAGAAACGGCAUAUUCUUGCUUAAAGGAAGAGCGAUCACAUCGCCCACAUAUGCUCAGUAUUGUUAAUAAACUUGAGAAAGCAUUGGAGAAAGCAUUGAAGUUUCAACCACGACCUGAAAAUUUUGAAAGACCUUUUUUGGCUUUUUUGUUUUUCUUUACGCCUUUAAGUUAA